UAUCAUCGCCGAUUAAUACGAACGCAGAGCAUCAAUAAAGUACAAUAAAGCGAACUGACUGUUCGUGUCGAAGCAAAGGCUUUAGAUUAGUUUUGAUUUGUCUGAUAUACAAUUUCCUGUGAAAAAGCACCUCACAGAGCAGAGCUCGUGAGUGCUUUGCCAAAUAAACAAAAUAAAACUAAAACUUAAGCCGUGUUCAAGUGACUCAAAUGUGAUUCAUUCGGGAUUAAUUCGGUUCAUUUUGUUUAUAAAUUGUACUUAGUGUCGAGUGUGUCGAGUGCAUAAGAAAUACCUGUAAAAAAAUAUGGAAAAGAAGGAAAGGCCUAUUGUCCCUGCCAAACCUCGUACUUUAUCUGUGGCAGACAAAGCUCGAAAUUUUGAGAAAGUUAUGGCUGAACUCACUGAUAGUGUAGGAUGUAAAUCGAUCAAAGUUAGCAAGAGCGAAUCAGAUAUAAAUAACGCAGACAUACGAAACACAAUUGAGCUAUCGACUAAUGGAACUUUUGAAAAUGUGGAUUCUUACGAAUUAUUCGAUAUCAGCGCUGACCACUUAAUAAAUAGUGAAAAUGAAGCUUCCGCAGAUGACUACUCGUCAGUUGAAUCAAUAUUCUUCGGAGCAGAAGAAUGGGGAGAGCACAUUUACGAUGAAAUUUGCGAGCCAUCCGGAGUGACAAACAUUGUGGAUGAAAUUUUAGCCGUUGAAGAAAAUUAUAUUAGUCGGUUGAAUUACACGAUUGAUAAUUAUGUGGAAACAUCCCGGCCGGUAAUGGGCGACCCAUUUAUGAAAGCUGUAUUCGGGAAUAUUGAAGAAAUUAAAGCAUUCCACGAAGACAGUUUCUAUCCGGAUUUGAGACAGUGCAACAGGGACUUAAUUCGUAUUCUGGAAUGUUUUUCAUCGCACAUUGCGGCUGGAAAUUUUUACAUUUACGUUGUGUAUGCUAUGAAUAAGAAACGGUCAGAUGAAGAAAGGAAUAACCGCGCUUUUAAAACGUUCAUCGAGGAACGUCAGAGCCAGAUUGGUGAUAAACUAGGAUUGCACAGCCUUCUAACAGAACCGUUUCAACGCUUUUUCAAGUAUCAAAAUCUUAUCGAAAGUUUACUGAAAAAGAUCAAAGACAACAAACCCAACUUCAUGGAAAUAGCUGCAACAUCCAAAGCGCUACACGACGUUAAGAAACUGUUAAACACUGCCAAUAAGUCGAUGGCUUUGACUGAAAUUGUCGACAGCAAGAUCAAUUUGAUGAACCAGGGAAAUUUUCUGACUCAAAACGAAUUCAACAUCUUCGAUCACAAUCAGAAGAGGAAGUACAAGGGAAAUAUUUUCGUAUUCGAACACUGUGUCGUUUGCACUGAGCGGCUAUCAUCGGAAAAGCUUCAAUUUAAAGCUUACUUUCCGAACGGAACUAGUCAUACCGAAUGCAUUAAUGAAAACAAAUUUCUUUUGUACGAACGAAACAAUUACAAAGUUGAGGUAAGCAGCGAUGCCAAUAAGAUUCAGCAAAUGUUGAAGCAGGUGCGACAAGUGUUGAGCGGAAACGAAGAAAAUAGGAUGUCAACCAUAUCCAAUAUCAGCUACAAUAAAAUCAUUGAAAGUAAAGCUCCGAUCCAACAACUGACCAAAGAGCUAGAAUUGUCACUGGGAAGUUGCAAACGAAGCGCCAGCAACGAUUCAUUGAAUUUACUAAGCGACAAGGAGGCUAAUACGACAAAUGGGGAGAAUCGAAGAAGUAACAGUAGCGCUGAGAGUGGAGAAUAUGGUGUAUCUGGAUCUCAAUCGGACGAGUAUAAUGAAAAGCAACAAUUCCGGCAAAUGAUCAAAAAUUUCGACAAAUUCUACGAAAAAGUGGCAGCCAAAAUUCCAACACCUCCAUCACUUCACCGCGAAGAAACCAAAACUAUUACAGACACUUCCAAUCAAACUUCUUCCGAAAUAAUUCACGAAAUGUUAGCAACCGAAAGUGAAUACAUUAGACAGUUAUCUGUUGGCAUUGAGACGUACAUACCUAACGAUCACACGGACAUUAUCGAAACACUGAGAGAAAAAAUUAGGAAAAUAUUUGGAAACAUUAGACAGAUCAGAGACUUUCAUGAAAAUACAUUUUACGGGCAGUUAUCCGACUGCAAAGAUGACAUCACCAAACUAGCCAAUGUUUUUAUUAAAUUUACUCAGGAGGGACUUUUCAGCAAUUAUUUACUGUAUGCGAUGAACCACAGCAAUACUCAGCCAUUGUGCAGCAUGAGACCAUACCGUGAAUUCUUUGAGUUACGACAGAAGGAGGUUGAUGACAUUGCAGGAGUUGAAUGCUACUUAUUCCUACCGUUUCAACACCUCAGCAAAUACCAAUUCUUUAUGGAUCGAAUUAUCACCACACUAAAUAUCGAUAACGAUACGGCUGUAAUGGCUGCCUGUUCGAAAGCUGUUAAAAAUAUUGAGCGUCUGGUCAAAGACAUGCAAAGCACAUGGACAGUUUCCAACGUACCGGUCAGGAGAAGGCCGAUUCGUAAAUUGAGUAGCUUAGUGCUAAAUGGAAUACAAAAUAUGAGACGGCAUUGAAUACAUUGUGAGAAGUGUAUACGGUCAACAAAAUAGAAUAUAUUUUCGUAUACACU